AGAAGAGUGAUUAAAAACAACAAUAACAAAAAACAAAAAGAAACUGUGAGAGCGAGAGAGCAAAGAGUACGGUUACGAGCACUCGCCACCCGCACAUGUAAUUUGUUGUUGGCGCGCCGCUGUAGCUGCAGCAGUCACAAUGAAAGUUAAAGUCGAACGCACAACAAUAACAAAGAAGACCACAACCACAAAGCCAAAGCCUGAUGAGGAGGACAACAACGACGACAACAGCAGCAGCAAUGGGGUGGAGGUGACGGCGACUGCGACGGCGACACGAGAAACAUCAGACCAAUUGGACUUUCUGCCCGCCGAUCUGUCGGCAACGAUAUCGACAACGACGACACCAACAGCAACACGGGCAACAACAACCCGCAAUCUUAUCCUCCAUCCAUUCGAUGGCAUGCAGAGUGCACCGACGCUAACAACACCAACAUUGACGCCGACCACAUUACGUAGCAUCGAUGAGGCAUUCUACGAGUUGACCGGCGAGACGAACAACAGUGUGAAUGCACCCUUUCAGGCUGGCUUCAAGCCGCCACCGCUGGCCCUGCUGCCCAACAGUGGGCCAGUGGUAGGCAUUGGUUCAGCCGUCGAGGCCAUAGUCCCAGCGGGAAACACAUUGGAAAUCGGCCAUCAACCGAAUUUGGAUGUGCUAAGUAAACUCAAUUACAGUAACAGCAUUGUGGGCAGUGAUACGGAUGAUUCGAACGCUUCCUGGAAUGAUCAACAUCGCAUCAAUGGAGAUACAACAGAUACUUCAAGUGGUGCCACCGACAGUACCUCCUAUCAGAAUAACAGUAUGCUGGGCAAUGGAUCAAAUGGCAGUGGUGCAAACAAUUUUACCGGGGCCCUGGCCGCCAAUCAGUCUACUGGAGGACGGGGAGCCAACAAUAAUAGCAACACAAAUACCUCAAACAGUGCCACACCGGCGGCAAGACGUGGCGGCGGUCGCAGACCGAAUAAGGCAUUCAAUAUGACACCCGAGGAGGAGGAAAAGCGUCGCAUACGCCGUGAGCGAAACAAGGCGGCUGCGGCACGGUGUCGCAAACGACGUGUCGACCAGACAAAUGAUCUGACCGAAGAGGUGGACGCGCUGGUAAAGAAGGGCGAUACUCUAAAAGCCGAAAUAACCACGUUAACAGAGCUCCGUAACCAGCUGAAAUAUGUGAUUGAAGCCCAUCUGCCCACUUGUCCAAAGGUGCGCGAUGACAUACUUAGUGUGUCCACCUGCAAUGGUCUGAUUGGUCCAGCGGCUCUUCAUAGCACAGGUGGCAGCAGUUGUGGCAGUGUCCAUAGCAAUCACAGUCACAACAACAACAACAACAACAACAAUAGCAAUGACAGCAGCAGCGGCACCAUCACCGGCUUCGAUGCCACCCUCAAUUCAACCGGACGCAGUCACUCGCCAUUGGAUCUGAAGCCAGUGCACAUUGAUGAGAAUCUAUUGCUGGCAAUCAAACAUGAGCCUCUCGAUAAUGGCCUCGAUUCGGAGUCAUCGUCUCUCGAUCAGGAUGGCCCACCGCCGGCAAAGCGUGCCGUCCCCUUGCCCACCAUUGCCCAGCUGACUGCUUCGCUGACAACGCCAACAAAUCCCAAUGGUGGUUCGCUCAAUACGCCAAUCGUUAGCCAAGCGCCAGUUAGUUUUGCGGCAUUUGCGGCCAAUGCCAAUAAUCCCAACAGUCCCACGCUGAAUCUAUUGAACAAGGGGCCCAAGGCUCGACCCAAUACGUUGGCUGUCCAGCGACCAUUUGCAGCUCCCAUGCAAUUGAAUGCAUCAGGAACGGGUGGUGUUGUUGAUGGCAAGGGGGCGCCCAUACAAAUACAGGGUGUACCCAUACAGACGCCCUCAACGGGUGUCUUCAAUUUUGAUUCCCUUAUGGACGGCGGUACUGGAUUGACUCCGGUGUCGGGUCCAUUAAUACCCAAUUGCUCGUCGCAGAACAAACAUCCGCUGGAGUUGCCUACACCCACAACCGAGCCAUCCAAGUUGUGCCCUUUAUAACUAGGGUAGGGGGCGUGGCAAGCGCACGGCGCUAACCAAGUCAAAAGUAAUUUAAGUUUUCUAUAUAUACACAUAUAUUAAUUGUAAAACAAAACAGCAAAAUAUUAUUUCCUAGAUGUAGAUCAUCUCAAUGUUGAUGAUGAUAAUGAUGGCAAAGAAGAAGAAGAUGAAAUGUAAACGAUAAUGAUAAUGACGAAGCUGAAGAUAAUUAUGCUAAAAAUGAUGUUUUAACGUUUUUUUUUUGUGUAACGAAUAUUUACCAAGCACGGAUCCAUCCCAUGUGGGAUUAUCCAUAUUUCAAAAUCAUCUGAUCCGUAGCUCGUUCUUAUAUUGUUUCCCCCCCACCCCUUCCCCCCAAAAACCCUUAACUUUUAACGCUUUUGUAUUAUUAUCUUUAUGAUUGUU